CGCUGAGGAGCCUCGCAGCCGGGACAGGAGAGAUGAAGGCUGGGCUGCUCUUGGUGGUGGUCGGGGGGCUGCUGGAGGUCUGCGGCGGCGUGUCGGCGAACAGGGGAGGCUACCCUUCAUUCACAGACGAAAUCCCCUUUAAAAUCACCUGGCCAGACGCUGAGUUCACAUUGCCUACUUCCGGUGCACUUUACCGCGAGGAUAACUUUGUCAUUAUGACGACGACAGAGAAGGAGAAGUACAAGUGUCUGCUGCCCUCCCUGACAGGUGGAGAUGAGGAUAACAGAAAGGAGUACGCUGGGCCCAGUCCGGGUGACUUGCUGGAGCCGCUGUUCAAACGAAGCAGCUGCUCUUACAGGAUAGAGUCGUACUGGACAUAUGAGGUUUGCCAUGGAAAGCACAUACGACAGUAUCAUGAAGAGAAGGAGACUGGUCAGAAAAUUAGUGUUCAAGAAUACUUCCUUGGAAAUCGGGCACAGAAGAGCCAGUCGACAGAGACAGUUUCAGAUAAAGUGGAAGAGGCAGAGGAGGUCAAAUCAACAGCUGAAAAAGAAGUGCCCUCUAAGAACAUAGAAGGUCAGCUCACUCCCUACUUCUCGCUGGAGAUGGGGAACGGGACUCCCUGCGUGUUGAAGCAGGACGAGCCUCGCUCCACGUCGGUGCUGUACGUGUGUCACCCUGAGGCCAAGCACGAGAUCCUGUCUGUCGCUGAAGUCACAACCUGUGAAUAUGAGGUGGUGGUGUUGACACCACUGCUUUGUGCUCACCCAAAAUACAGGUUUAAGUCGUCGCCGGUGAACGCCAUCUACUGUCAGGCUCUGGCGGGCUCCCCUAUGCGACCUCAGCAGCUGGACCAGCUGGACAAGCAGCGAGAGCAGAACCUUAGACCGCCUUUCAGCGCCACCACCGAGGUCAGAGAGGAGGAGGCGACGCCACCAGUGAGGGAGGAGGCCUUCACCUCCUCUCACAAACCCAUCACGGUCGGAGGGCAGACUCAAGUCACUGUGGGCACCACUCACAUCUCUCGAUUGACAGAUGACCAGCUCAUCAAGGAGUUCCUCAGUGGCGUGUACUGUCUGCAUGGGGGAGUAGGCUGGUGGAAAUAUGAAUUCUGUUAUGGAAGGCACGUCCAUCAGUACCAUGAUGAUAAAGAGCAAGGGAAGAACAUUGUCGUGGUGGGGAACUGGAACGCAGAGGAACACGCCGAGUGGGCCAAGAAGAAUGUUGCCAGAUCCUACCAGCUCAAAGAUGACGGCGUGCAGAAAGUCAAGUUGGUGUCCCACUUCUACGGCCACGGGGAUCUCUGUGAUAUGACGGGGAAGCCCAGGCAGGUCAUCGUCAAGCUCAAAUGCAAAGAGUCUGAGUCUCCACAUGCCGUCACUGUCUAUAUGCUGGAGCCUCAGACUUGUCAGUACAUCCUUGGGGUCGAGUCUCCAGUCAUAUGCAGGAUUCUGGACACUGCAGAUGAAUAUGGACUUCUGUCGCUCUCCAGCUAAACUGACCCAACACCAUGUGACAGCGACGGCACAUGAAGGACAGGAAGAGGACUGACAGAGAGAGAUAUGCGCUUCUAAAUAGGGAGGACACCCAGGUCUAAACGGAAGAGGAAGAGCGAUGCCCAUGACACUGCGCUGAAAGCCCAAAUCAAGAUCCAACCUAAGUUAAACUUGAUGCAGAGGCUGGACUUCAUGUAGCACAGCAGCUCGACCCCCGGCUUCACCUGCGCGAUGGACAAUGCUACUGUCUCAGUCCAAUCCAGCAGCAGGUCCAGCUCAGACCUUUGUGGAAAUACAGAGAAACGGUGCCGAGGCCUCCACUCCACAAGGCAGUGGAUUCAUUGCCUGUCCUUAAUAGUCUAUCCUUCACUUUAUGUUGAUUUAAUAGCAAGUUAAUUGAGUGAUGAAUCAGGGGAUUCAUAACUAUCAGGGGAAUCAACAAUUAUCAUGGUGGUUUUAUUGUCUUUGAGUUCUGUAUUUGCGUGUGCGCGUUUGUGUGCUUGCUGCUAGUGUGUGUGUGUGUGUGUGUGUGCGUGCGCAUUCAAGUGAUUAGUGGUUUGACUGUUGCACUUUGUAUUUGUAGAUAUGAGAGAAAGCAAGUCCUAUACUGCUCUUGCUGCAGCGUGAGUUUGCUGCUGUGUUAAUUUGCAGGAUGAGCGAUGAAUAAAGUGCGUGGUUGAUUUAAGUUUCGUUUCGGCUGGUAGGAUGUACAGAAUGUGAAAGUGUGUGUGCAAAUAUGAAAACACACACCGGGAUCAUGGUCACUGCUGUAUCACAGAGAUGAAAACCAAUGCGUUUGAAGGAAAGAAUAAAACUGAAACUUGAAACCUCA